CCCAUUCAAUCCGAUCACCAUGCUUGCCACCCUUGCCCUUGUCCUCUCUACCGCGUUUUUUGCCACCGCCUCUCCCCUCGAGGCCGUGCAGGCGCGCGACGAGCCCGCGACGGUCAACUUCACGCCGUACGAAUACGUAGGCUGCCGCCAGAGCCAGGACCCGUACGACCCGGCAACCCCAUCGACCUACAACGUCACCUCGGGCAGCUGCAUCACCCCGCCGUACACGUUCCAGUCGUACGUCGAGGAGGCAAACUCCCUGGCUGCCAACGGCCCGUGCUCGCUCAGUCUGUUCCCGGAGCCUAACUGCCAAGGUCAAGGCGUCGGUGCUACGCUGACCACUUAUUACACGUGCCAGACAGGUGACAACGAUGGCGGUGCCAGUUUCAUUCUCGAGUGCGGUCCUUAAGCAUCUGGUGGAACAUUCAGAGAAAAGGCAGAGAUACGGUGUUAAUAUCGUUUCUUUUUCAGCAAGAAACAGACUUUUCUCUUUACGUGGUAACAGCAUGGACUUUUCCCAAUUGGUACAUACAUAUACUUACUUGGGGUUAUUGGUUAUUCGUAAUGGUUAUAUUUUGGUCAUUGUGCAGGCUAUACUUGCUUCGAACCCAAGUCUCACCCAG